GUGGUGGUUAGGAACAAGUCCAUUGUGUAUUAAGUAUAUUAAUAAUGGAUGAUGCCAAUCUAUUCCAAGGUCUAUUGAGAGGAUUUUAUGUGUAGAUUGAUGGCCUGCAUUUCCAUGACGUAAAUCUAGGGCAGUGAUGGGUUCUCUGUUUCAUGGAAGCCAUGGUCUGAAUGGGGACAAAUAAGAGUUAUGCUUUUUUAAAGAAACAAAUAAAACAUUAUGAUUACCCCCACCUGAUUAAAAAAAAGUACUUAGCUGUGGUGUUUUUACUUUUGCUGUUGCUGCUGCUUUUUCUUCAAUGAUAUGUGCCCAUUGUCCACUACAAUUUGCCUUUCUUGAACUCUGAUCUCUCUGACAAACACUGGAAUCUGGGUACCCAUUUCAUCCAAGUCCGCAGAAUUCAUAACAACCCAAAGUUUUUAUUGUCCCUGAAUGGUAUAUAUCGCACACCCACUUGGUGUAAAUCUGUCUGGAAAGGGGGAAAGUGUCACAUCUGCUAUUUGAAGGUCAAUGCAAUACGAUUACUGUUGAUGGUGUGGAUUAAAAAAUGUAUAUAGGGCCAUGGAUGGCUGAGUAUUAAUCAUUUUGGGCCAUUGGGCUUGUGGGUCAUUAAAGGGCAGCGCGGAUGUUGAUCUGCUUCUAAUGGGGCUGGUAGUUGGUGAGAUUCAUAUGGGUGCGCUGUUCUUGCUCUGAAUGCAAUUGGGUUUUGCUUGGUAUCAAAUGAAGGUGACAGAGACUAAUAUGCAGCGUGGGAUUCAGCCUCCUCUGGUUGACACUGCCGCAUGCUAUUGCAGGGUAGAUGCAAGCCUUAAAACUGUUGCAGGGGCAAAGAAAUUUGUUCCAGGAUCAAAGCUUUGUAUCCAGCCAGACAUUAAACCAUCUAUUCGAGCAUCCAAAGGCAAGGCCAUACGGGGAGAAAAAAACAAAGUCCCAUCUGCUUUGAUACCUGGUCUUCCUGAUGACUUAGCAAUAGCUUGCUUAAUCCGUGUUCCUCGUGUUGAACAUAGGACUCUUCGCCUUGUCUGCAAGAGAUGGUACCGCAUACUGGCAGGAAACUUUUUCUAUUCUUUGAGAAAGAACCUUGGCAUGGCUGAGGAGUGGAUCUAUGUGAUGAAGCGUGAUCGAGAUGGGCGUAUAUCAUGGCAUGCGUUUGAUCCCAUCUACCAGCUUUGGCAACCUCUUCCACCUGUUCCAGGGGAGUAUUGUGAGGCUCUUGGGUUUGGGUGUGCUGUUCUAAGUGGAUGCCACCUUUACUUAUUUGGGGGUAAAGAUCCCUUAAAGGGAUCAAUGAGACGAGUUGUCUAUUAUAGUGCAAGAACCAAUAAAUGGCACCGGGCACCAGACAUGUUACGGAGGAGACAUUUCUUUGGUUCCUGUGUAAUAAACAACUGUUUGUAUGUUGCAGGUGGAGAGUGUGAAGGAAUCCAGCGGACCUUGAGGUCAGCAGAAGUUUAUGACCCCAAUAAGAAUAGGUGGUCAUUUAUUUCAGACAUGAGUACAGCCAUGGUUCCAUUCAUUGGAGUUGUGUAUGAAGGAAGAUGGUUCUUGAAAGGUCUUGGAUCUCAGCGUCAAGUCAUGAGUGAAAUGUAUGUUCCUGCAACCAAUCACUGGUCCCCAGUGCAUGAUGGCAUGGUUCAAGGCUGGCGCAAUCCCAGUGUCUCUCUCAAUGGCCAGCUAUAUGCUUUGGACUGCAGGGAUGGUUGCAAAUUGAGAGUCUAUGAUAAUUCUUCCGACUCAUGGAGCAAGUAUGCAGAUAGCAAGCUACACCUGGGAAAUUCCCGUGCUUUGGAGGCAGCGGCUCUACUUCCCUUGAAUGGGAAACUUUGUAUAAUUAGAAACAAUAUGAGUAUCACAGUAGUUGAUGUGACAAAAGCUGAUGAUGUGGCAAAGAAUGGUCAGCUUUGGGAAACCAUUGCUGGAAAAGGCCAAUUUAAAACAUUUGUGACAAAUUUGUGGUCAAAUAUUGCAGGAAGAAAUCGACUGAAGAGCCACAUUGUCCACUGCCAAGUACUUCAAGCAUAGUAAAUAAUACACCCAUUUAUUUACUUCACAGUUGUAACAUCUACAAGGUCUUCUAACUUUUUUCUAACAAACCCAUUGAGUAGAUGUUAGCCAGAGGUUGCCAAUAUAGUCUCGAAGCCAUAUAUAGUUGUAUAUGGUUCAAGUUCUAUAUACAAGUUAUGGGUGUUGUCUGUUGCAAUCGUUGUUAGAUCUGUUUAGGGGAUCACUACUGCAAUGUAGAGUUGCUGAAAAUGUAAGGCAGUCUCUUCAAAAGUUUCUGAUACCAAAUAGGAAGCCUUCUGAUCAAAUUCAAUGUUGUUUCUAUGAAAAUUUUUACAUUUUCCAGGUUAUCGAACCUUGAACCUAGAAGUAAAUCACAGAAAGUGCCUUACUUAUGCACUUGGAUUAGCACCAACUACAUCGAGAUCAAUAUUAACAUCAGGAGGUUUUUGCUGACAACGGUAGACCAGAAGUGGAGGCAAAAGAGGCUGUAAUCAGAUGUUCGCAGUAUCAGGAUGCAUUUGGCCUAUUCAUUAAGAUCUGUGGUUGAUGUCUUAUAAAUAGAAUAAAAGUGGAUUCCUGUAUGGUCUUGUUUUACGUCACCAGUUUGCAUUUAUAGAUUUGGUGAAAAAGGCAGUGCUUCCUCAAAUGGCAGAUGAUAUGAAGUAUGGAAAAAGAAAGAUAAUCGAAUCAAUAAGUGAUGAUGAUUCGUGGAAUUGGUCAAAAUCAACUGGUAAUUGUGUGCCCUUAACAGUGAAGUGUCUGGAAAGAAGAAAGUUGGAACAAUGGAGAGACGUUGAGCUUGUUUGAAUCUGUAUCAGUACAGAUCAAUAUGCAACAGGUUAAUUUUAUUUAAAAUAUUAUUACGAUUGUACACAUGUAAAUUUAUUAGACUCCAUUAAAGAGACCAUACAAAAGAAUUGAAAGGGUUCUGGAGGCUUUUGUUAGCCUUAUGUGGGUGCAUGGGUGAUUAAAUUUCAAGUUAGCACAUAGGUGCUUUCAGGAACUCCCAUCUUUCCUGGGCUUCACAGGAUGGAGAGGCAUCUGCAAGUAUUCAGGAGGUGACGUUCCAUGUUCCGAUGGCAAUUUUUGAUAUGUAUCAUUACAUUUUUCUCUGAAAAUUUUAUUUGUGAUAGUUUGAUGUUGUAUUAAUUAUUUGAAUAUAGUAAGAAAUGAAUCUUUUGCUAGUUCAUUCCUCAA